CCCAGGAGGUCUAAAGGGACUGUGCCACUGCACUCCAGCCUGGGCAAGGGAGGGAAACCCUCUCUCAAAAGAGAGAGAGAGACAAGGAGAGAGGAAGAGAGAGAGCAUUUCAAAGCAGGGGGAACCACAAGUACAAAGGCAUGAAGUAAGAAAAUAGCAUGGGGUGUUUGGGAACGGCAAAAAUAGUUCAGAACAGAGGCCGUGUGUGUGUGUGGUGCCUGUGUGUGUGUGUAUUUGUGUGUGAGUGUGGGUAUGUGGGGGUGUGUGUGGAGGGGAUGCCAGUGCCUGUGUGUGUGUCUGGGGAUGUGAGUGUGUGUGUGUAUGGAUGUGGGUGUGUGGGGGUGACUGUAGGUGUUUGUGUUAGUGUGGAGGUGCCUGUGUGUGUAUGAAUGUGUGUGUGGGAGGGGGAACCUAGGGUGAGAUGUGUGUUGGAUGAGUGCAUUUGUGUGGGUGUUGGUUCCUGUGUAUGUGUGUGUAUGUGGGUGUGUGUGUUCAUGGGUGUGGGUGCCUGUGUGUAUAGGGUGUGUAUGUGACUAUGUGUGUGGAUACCUGUGUGUGAGUGUGUGUGUGUGUGUGUACUUGUGGGUGGGAUGAGUGUAUGUGUUUAUGUGAGUAUGUGUGUGUGUGGUGCCUGUGUAUUGGGGGAAUGAGUCUGUGUGUGAAUGUGUGUGUGUGGGGGUGUUUGUGUGUAUGUGAGUGUGUGUGUGUGUGUGCCUGCGUGUGUGAGUGUAAAUGUGUCUGUGUGGGGGGUGGGGUAGAGGUGCCUGUGUGUGUGUGAGAGAGAGAGUGUGUGUGUGCCUGCCUCUGUGUGUGUGAGUGUGGAUGCCUCUGUGUGGGGGGUGGGGUAGUGGGUGCCUAUGUGUGUGUAGGGUGUGUGUGUAUAUAAGGUGUGUGUGUGUGUGUGUGUGUGUGUGAGAGUGUUUGUGUAGCGGAAUGGACUUUGGAGGUAGAUUUGAUCUUGAUAUGCGAGGUCUGGAAUGCACGAAACAUUAAACUUUAUUCGAGGACAGAGCUUUCCAAGUGCUCUAAGGAGCCGCGCUAGAGAAGGAGGAGUUGUGGGGACUCCAGGAGCUUCAAAGCAAGGCCCUCACUCUGCUUCAGGCCCACUUUUUAUCACCUUAUCUAUGGAGUUCUGCUUGAUUUCAUCAGACAAAAAAGUUCCACUGCUAAAACAGGCAAAUAAACAAAAAGAGUUAUGGCCCACAGAGCCACUGGGAGGUUUUGUGCUGGGGAGGAGCAGGCCCAUGUUUGAAGAAACACUGUGACUUGACUCUGGGGUUGUGUGGGGAGCGCGGGGCCUGAUGGCAGACCUUGGGAGUGGAAGUCUCUUUCUCAGCCUCUUCAGCUAGACAGGGGAAUUAUAAAAGGAGGUGGGUGGGGCAUGCACAUCUCUCCAGUAAGGGAGAGUCUGAUGGAGUGAGGUCUCCCCCAGGCUUGGGGAAGUGUGUGUCAUCUUCAGAAGGUAGUCCUCCCUACAGACACUGGUACCAGCAGAGGGAAAGGGAGGGGGAAGAGGCAGGAAGUGGGUAACUAGACUAACAAAGGUGCCUGUGGCGGUUUGCCCAUCCCAGGUGGGAGGGUGGGGCUAGGGCUCAGGGGCCUUGUGUGAAUUUACUUGUACCCUGAGGGCUCAGAGGGAGCCCCGGUUUGGAGCUGGGACCCCCUGUUUUACCUUUUCUGUGGCUGGUGAAUGGGGAUCCCAGGAUCUCACGAUCUCAGGUACUUUUGGAAGUUUCCAGGGCAAGGCCCCAUGAUGUCUGAUGCUGGGGGAGCAGAUCUUGGGGGAGCCCCUUCAGCCCCCUUCUCCAUUCCCUCAGGGACCAUGGGCUGUGGCUGCAGCUCACACCCGGAAGAUGACUGGAUGGAGAACAUCGAUGUGUGUGAGAACUGCCAUUAUCCCAUAGUCCCACUGGAUGGCAAGGCCACGCUGCUCUUCCGAAACGGCUCUGAGGUGCGGGACCCACUGGUCACCUACGAGGGCUCCAAUCCGCCGGCCUCCCCACUGCAAGACAACCUGGUUAUUGCCCUGCACAGCUACAAGCCCUCUCACGACGGAGACCUGGGCUUUGAGAAAGGGGAACAGCUCCGAAUCCUGGAGCAGAACGGCGAGUGGUGGAAGGCGCAGUCCCUGACCACGGGCCAGGAAGGCUUCGUCCCCUUCAAUUUUGUGGCCAAAGCGAACAGCCUGGAGCCCGAACCCUGGUUCUUCAAGAACCUGAGCCGCAAGGAUGCGGAGCGGCAGCUCCUGGCGCCCGGGAACACUCACGGCUCCUUCCUCAUCCGGGAGAGCGAGAGCACCGCGGGAUCAUUUUCACUGUCGGUCCGGGACUUUGACCAGAACCAGGGAGAGGUGGUGAAACAUUACAAGAUCCGUAAUCUGGACAACGGUGGCUUUUACAUCUCCCCGCGAAUCACUUUUCCCGGCUUGCAUGAACUGGUCCGACAUUACACCAAUGCUUCAGAUGGGUUGUGCACACGGCUGAGCCGCCCCUGUCAGACCCAGAAGCCCCAGAAGCCCUGGUGGGAGGAUGAGUGGGAGGUUCCCAGGGAGACGCUGAAGCUGGUGGAGCGGCUGGGGGCUGGACAGUUCGGGGAGGUGUGGAUGGGGUACUACAACGAGCACACAAAGGUGGCGGUGAAGAGCCUGAAGCAGGGCAGCAUGUCCCCGGAUGCCUUCCUGGCGGAGGCUAACCUCAUGAAGCAGCUGCAACACCAGCGGCUGGUUCGCCUCUACGCUGUGGUCACCCAGGAGCCCAUCUACAUCAUCACUGAAUACAUGGAGAAUGGGAGUCUAGUGGAUUUUCUCAAGACCCCUUCAGGUAUCAAGUUGACCAUCAACAAACUCUUGGACAUGGCAGCCCAAAUUGCAGAAGGCAUGGCAUUCAUUGAAGAGCGGAAUUAUAUUCAUCGUGACCUUCGGGCCGCCAACAUUCUAGUGUCUGACACGCUGAGCUGCAAGAUUGCAGACUUUGGCCUAGCACGCCUCAUUGAGGACAACGAGUACACAGCCAGGGAGGGGGCCAAGUUUCCCAUUAAGUGGACAGCACCAGAAGCCAUUAACUACGGGACAUUCACCAUCAAGUCGGAUGUGUGGUCUUUUGGAAUCCUGCUGACGGAAAUUGUCACCCAUGGCCGCAUCCCUUACCCAGGGAUGACCAACCCUGAGGUGAUUCAGAACCUGGAGCGAGGUUACCGCAUGGUGCGCCCUGACAACUGUCCAGAGGAGCUGUACCACCUCAUGAUGCUGUGUUGGAAGGAGCGCCCAGAGGACCGGCCCACCUUUGACUACCUGCGCAGUGUGCUGGAGGACUUCUUCACAGCCACAGAGGGCCAAUACCAGCCUCAGCCUUGAGAGGCCUUGAGAGGCCCUGGGGUCCUGCCCCCAUUUCUCCAGCCUGGCUUGGGGAGAUGGAGUUCUUAUGCCAUACUCACAUGGUCUAUGCACAUAUGGACUCUACACACGAAUCCUGCCCACGUGUGACACAUACCCACCUUGUGUCUGUACUUGUGUCCUGUAGUGGCGUGGACUCUGCACAUGUCUCUUGUACAUGUGUAGCCUGUGCAUGUAUGUCUUGGACACUGUCCAAGGUAUACCUUUCUGGCUCUUCCAUUUUCCUGAAACCACAGAGGGAGGGGAAAAGCCUGGGAUUGACAGAAGCUUCUGCCCACCUACUUUUCUUUUCUCAGAUCAUCCAGAAGUUCCUCGAGGGCCAGGACCUUAUCUAAUACCUCUUUGUACUCCUCCUUGGUGCCUGGCCUGGCACACAUCAGGAGCUCAAUAAAUGUCUAUUGAUGACUGUUGUA